CAGUCUUGAUACUCUGCGACUCUGCGACUCUGCGCCACCCUUCUUAUCUGCUCUCCUUCUUUGACUAAUCACCGCUUUUGAACAUGUCUAACGUAUCGUUGCCAUAAAAUGUGACUUGUUCUUUUCUCUCAUAUCGUGUCUUGCGUAGAUAUAUAUUCCAACACGCUUAUCUCUUGCAUAUUAGAACAUACUCAUCUUAUAUAUUAACAAAUUCAAAGUGCAAACACCCUUUCAUUUUAUUUCAUAGAAAUCUCCAAUUUUUUUUGAUAAAGCAUAGUCCUCAUUCUAUACUAUAGCUACACAAUCUUCCGAAUCUUCGAUUAAACCGUGUUUUUUUUAACGGUUGAGAAAAAUAGCAAGACAUGGCUGAAAAUACCCAAGUUUAUGAACGAACUCUGGAGGAAACACCAACCUGGGCUGUUGCGGUUGUGUGUUUUGUGCUGCUUUCGGUUUCAAUCGUCAUAGAACAUAUUAUUCAUGGUAUUGGAAAGUGGUUCAAAAAGAAACACAAAAAUGCUCUCUUUGAAGCGUUGGAAAAGGUGAAAGGAGAGCUUAUGCUGCUAGGAUUCUUAUCCUUGCUCCUAACUGUGUUGCAAGAUCCAAUUUCUAAGAUAUGCGUAUCAAAAAAUGUUGCAUCCACUUGGCAUCCUUGUGCUAACCCAAAGGCCCCAAAAACAUCUCAAUCUGAGGAUGAAUCUGAAGACUUUCAGAUCAAUUCUAGGAAACUCCUACAAUAUUAUGACAUCAUACCAAGGCGUGUUCUAGCUACAAAAGGAUACGACAAGUGCGAUGAAAAGGGAAAAGUUGCUUUUGUUUCAGCAUAUGGGAUUCACCAGCUCCAUAUAUUCAUCUUUGUGCUGGCCAUUUUUCAUAUUCUACAAUGCAUUGUAACACUGGCUUUGGGAAGAACUAAGAUGAGAAAGUGGAGAGCAUGGGAAAAUGAAACCAAGACUAUUGAAUAUCAAUUUUAUAACGAUCCUGAGAGGUUCAGGUUUGCAAGGGACACAACAUUUGGAAGAAGGCACUUGAACUCUUGGAGCCAGUCAACAAUUUCGUUAUCCAUAGUUAGCUUCUUCCGACAAUUCUUUGGAUCUGUCAACAAAGUUGACUAUUUAACAUUACGACAUGGAUUCAUCACGGCGCAUCUGGCACCGGGAAGUCAUGCAAGAUUUGAUUUCCAAAAGUACAUCGAAAGAUCACUUGAGGAGGAUUUUAAAGUUGUAGUGGGGAUAAGCCCAAUCAUAUGGUUCUUCGCAGUGCUAUUCCUGCUGACUAAUACACAUGGGUGGUAUUCCUAUUAUUGGCUUCCAUUCAUCCCAUUAGUGAUAAUCUUAUUAGUGGGUGCUAAGUUACAAAUGAUCAUAACAAAGAUGGGACUGAGGAUUACAGACAGAGGAGAAGUUGUCAAAGGUGCACCUGUGGUUGAGCCAGGCGAUGAUCUGUUCUGGUUCAACCGUCCUCGCCUCCUUCUCUUUUUGAUUCAUCUUGUUCUGUUUCAGAAUGCUUUUCAACUCGCAUUUUUCUCUUGGAGUACUUAUGAAUUCUCCGUAAAGUCUUGCUUCCACGAAACAACCGAAGACAAUGUCAUAAGACUUGUAACGGGGGUUGUCAUACAAGUUCUGUGCAGCUAUGUGACAUUGCCUCUAUAUGCUCUAGUCACACAGAUGGGUUCAACCAUGAGGCCCACCAUCUUCAAUCAGAGAGUAGCAUCAGCUCUGAAGAACUGGCACAACACUGCCAAGAAGCAUGUAAAAAACAGUAAGCACACCACACCAUUCUCAAGCAGGCCAUCAACCCCUCAAUAUGGUAUGUCUCCAACUCAUCUGCUACACAAACACCUUGCUGGAAGAAGUGAGAGUGCACAAACUUCUCCAAGAACAUCCAACUAUGAAAAUGAACAGUGGGGUGUUGAAGGAUCACCUUCCCCGAGCCACCAUGCAGUAGCUGCUGAUGAAACCCAGAUGCAAGUUUUGGAGCCAGGCUCAGGCUGCUCAGGUUCAGCACCAGAAUUGCCUAUUAGCUCUCAACUUGAUAUCAGAGUUAGUUCAUCUGAGUUUUCGUUUGAGAAAAGACACAUUCCUGGAAGUGAUUAGAUGUGUAGAUUUAGUUUUUAGUUAACCGGUUCAAAUGUGCAGCUUCUGUACAUAUCAAAGUUCCAAAUGCAUGCAUGCUUUUGCUGCAAUGCAAAGCCAUGCAUUUGAAGAAUGAGGCAUAAUCUUUUUUGAUGGAGCACGAUUUGUUGAAUGAGGAGUGACACUUUGUUGAAGGCAAAUUUGCUGUUGAAAUUUCAUUAUGUGUACAUGAAUGUGUACAACAACAAAAUAUGUUUCCCUUCCAAAUGACUAAUGUUAGGUCAUGGGUUCAAAGAACUGUUUUAAGUGAGUGUUUGGAUAUGUGUAUGUAAAAUUCAUUUUGAAUUAAUGCGAUUUUUUAAUUGAUUCUUAUAAACUUGAUUUGUAGU